CGAAUGAAUACGUCUCAAAUCUACGCUCGUUGUUGGAUGCAGCUGUCGAUUUAGAGCUUUGUUGUUUUCUGGACCGUGCUGCUAACUGGAUUCAAAUAAGAGAAGAAGGUGCUUUUACCUGUGGUGACUUCUCAUCUCGGAUUCCCGCCCCUGGCUUUCUAGCUUUCGGGUAACGGGCCCCUUUGAUCGAUCGAUUGAUUGAGAGGCUGGUGUGUGGCACGUGGGCUUCCACGCUCGUCAUUGACCGGUUCCCGCCAUGGCCCACAAUUACUUUGUGCACGCGCAUCCGCCCACAGCCGUUACAGCCUGUGUCACGGGCAAUUUCACGUCCCCGGAUGAUUUAAACUUGGUGCUGGCCAAGAAUCACCAGAUCGAGAUCCUGGUCGUCACGCCCGAGGGACUUCGACCGAUCAAGAAUUUCGCCAUCAAUGGCAAAGUCGAUGUCAUGAAGUUCUUCCGCCCACCGGGUGAGGAUAAGGAUCGCUUGUUUAUCGUGACGGCUCGAUAUAAUGCCAUGAUCUUGGAGACUAUCGGCUCCGGUCACGACUUGCAUAUCGUGACCAAAGCUCAUGGCAACGUGGGCGAUCGCAUCGGCAAGAAAGCGGAGACCGGCACUCUGGCGGUGAUCGACCCCAAGGCUCGCAUGAUUGGUUUACGUAUUUAUGAGUGCCUAUUUAAGGUGAUCCCCUUGGAGCCAGAUCAAUCCGAACUGCGAGCCUACAAUAUCCGAAUGGAAGAACUCAGCGUUUUGGACAUCAACUUCUUACACGGCUGCGCUCAGCCCACCAUCGUUCUUCUCCAUCAUGACAACCACGGGCGGCACAUCAAGACCCACGAGAUCUCGCUCAAGGAUAAGGAGUUUGUCAAAGUGCCCUGGAAACAAGAUAAUGUGGAACGGGAGGCCAGCAUGCUGAUUCCCGUGCCGCAGCCGAUCGGCGGUUGCGUCAUUGUGGGCACUGAAUCGAUUGUCUACCACAAUGGAUCCUAUUACCAGGCCAUCGCACCAGCCAAAAUGCAGUCGUCCACCAUUGUGUGCUAUUGCCAAAUCGACGAAGACGGCUCUCGAUACUUAUUGGGUGACAUGGCUGGCCAUCUAUAUAUGCUACUUUUGAUUCGAAAUGAGAGCCCGGACGGACCCCCCGUGAAAGAUCUGGUUUUGGAGGUGUUGGGGGAAACCACCAUUCCCGAAUGUAUGACCUACUUGGACAACAGUUAUGUAUACCUCGGAUCCCGAUUGGGCGACUCCCAAUUGGUUCGACUCAAUGUGCAGCCCGAUGAGAACAAGUCAUAUGUGACCAUUGUGGAGUCAUUCACCAACUUGGGACCUAUCGUUGACAUGGUUGUGGUGGAUUUAGAGCGACAGGGACAAGGACAAUUAGUGACCUGCUCUGGGGCUUAUAAAGAAGGCUCUUUGCGUAUUAUUCGCAAUGGCAUUGGCAUCCACGAGCUGGCCUCCAUUGAUCUACCGGGGAUAAAAGGCAUGUGGCCUUUAAGGUGUGGCACGAGCAAAGUUUACGACAAUACUCUGAUUUUAUCGUUCGUCGAGCAAACCAGAGUUCUAACGCUCAACGGAGAAGAGGUGGAAGAAACCGAAAUUCCCGGAUUCCUCCCAGAUCAACAAACAUUUUAUGCCGGCAAUACUGCUCACUCUCAAAUCAUUCAAAUCUGUCCUAAUUCGGUCCGUCUGGUUGGCAUGGAGUCUCUUCAACUCGUUGAUGAGUGGAAACCUCCUAGUGGGCGUGUUAUUAGUGUUGCCUCGUGCAACAACAACCAAGUGGUGUGUGCCACCGGACCCAUCUUGUUCUAUUUAGAUGUUGAGGAGGGCAAAUUAAUUCAAACGGCCGACACAACCCUUCAGUACGAGAUUGCUUGCAUCGAUGUCACGCCUUUGAAUGACGAGGACGAAAAAGCCACGAUGUGUUGUGUGGGCCUUUGGACUGAUAUAUCCGUGCGACUUUUGAAGCUCCCGAGCUUGGAAGAAAUCGCAAAGGAGCCGUUGGGCGGAGAGGUUAUUCCACGGUCAAUCCUGAUGGCUCAAUUUGAGAACACAAACUACUUGUUGUGCGCUUUGGGCGAUGGAUCGUUGUUCUACUUCGUUAUGACAACUCGGGGAUUGGCCGAGAAGAAAAAAGUCACCUUAGGGACUCAACCCACCGUGCUGAGGAAAUUCAAAACUCAUUCGACCACAAAUGUAUUCGCUUGCUCAGACCGACCGACAGUAAUCUACUCGUCGACUCAAAAAUUGGUUUUCUCUAAUGUGAACUUGCGAGAAGUCAAGCACAUGUGCCCAUUAAAUGCAGAGGCUUACAAAGACAGCCUGGCUCUGGCCACCGACUCAACCAUCACAAUCGGCACGAUUGACGAAAUCCAGAAACUUCACAUCCGAACCGUUGCCCUAGCCGAAACUCCCCGGCGCAUCGCUUACCAAGAGGAAACGCAAACAUUUGGCGUUCUCACCAUGCGACACGAAAUCAACGGCAAAGAUGGUAUGACCCCAGCGCGAGCCAGUGCCAGUACGCUUGCCGCAUCCACCAGUUCGAGUAGUUCCAUGGCAGCUAUUGCUCAUCGACAAGCCACGUCGGCUCCCAAUGAGGGUCAAGAACAAGAGGUGUACUCGUUGCUGAUCAUUGAUCAGAACACCUUUGAGGUUCUACACGCUCACCAGUUCAUGCAACAGGAGUAUGGAUUGAGCCUCAUCUCGUGUAAAUUGGGCGAGGAUACCACACCCUACUUCAUUGUGGGAACGGGUCUGGUGAAUCCGGAAGAAUCUGAGCCGAAAGCCGGACGGCUCUUGCUUUUUCAGUGGAAGGAUGGCAAGUUCCAUACCGUGGCUGAAAAGGACAUCAAGGGAGCUUGCUAUUCUCUUUGUAACUUUAACAAUAAGCUUUUGGCAGCCAUCAACAGCACGGUUCGACUCUGGGAAUGGACUUCGGAGAAAGAGCUCAGAUUGGAAUGCUCGCAUUUUAACAAUAUCCUAGCUUUGUACCUCAAAACCAGAGGAGAUUUCAUUCUCGUUGGAGACUUGGUUCGUUCCAUGGCUUUACUUCAAUACAAGACAAUGGAGGGAAGCUUCGAAGAAAUAUCACGAGACUUUGCCCCCAACUGGAUGACAGCGGUUGAGAUUUUGGACGAUGAUACCUUUUUGGGAGCAGAAAAUGCUGGCAAUAUUUUUGUUUGCCAAAGAGAUAGCGCUGCAAGCACGGACGAGGAGCGCCAACAAAUGACGGAAGUUGGACAAAUCCACGUAGGCGAUAUGAUAAACGUAUUUCGACAUGGGUCUUUGGUCAUGCAGAACCUUGGAGACACCACCACGCCACACCAGGGAAGCGUCUUAUUUGGUACCGUUCACGGAGCUAUUGGAAUGGUAACGCAGCUGCCACAAGAGUUCUUCGAGUUCUUGACCGAAAUCCAAAGACGUCUGACCCGAGUUAUCAAGUCUGUGGGCAAAAUUGAACAUGAAGUCUGGCGGAGUUUCCACAAUGAGCGGAAGACUGAACCGAUGGAGGGCUUUGUCGAUGGAGAUUUAGUGGAAACCUUCUUAGAUCUUGAUCGCGACCACAUGGCUGAAGUAUUCCAAGGGCUACAAAUCAAUGACGGUUCGGGUAUGAAACAAGACGCCAAAGUGGAGGAUGUCAUCAAAAUCAUCGAAGAUCUUACCCGAAUACACUAGGCCUAAACAUCGUCUGAAGGCUUUAUUAUCAUUCAUUUAUCCAUCGUAACCAGUGUCAAGGGAAUGUCUUCUCAUACAUCCUGUCGUUUCCCUGAACCAGGUUGAAAUACAUUUUGCGGACAUU